AUGCCAAUUGGUACAGCCCCUCUAGUGGCUCAGGUAUGCAGCGUUCCCGGAUGCCGAGUCUGGCCAGUCGGGAAGGUCAGAGCCCUCGACACAUUUGGUCCUGCUGGGCAUCGCUGUCACAUCCACGGAGGUGGUUGCAACGUGCAUGGGUGUUCUCAGGUGCCCUGGGGAACUGUCGCCACCGAGGAUCAGCACGGCCCGGCAGGCAAGCGAUGUUUUCGUCAUGGCGGCUAUGUCUGCAACGUAUGCGGUCGGCAGCCACGCCGACAUAGGCCGGCAGACGAACAUGGCCCGGCAGGGUAUCGGUGUCAUUUGCACUCCUGCCCUCUCUCCAAGCCAAAACCGAAGCCAGCGGCAAUGGAUCAACUACAGACAUUCACGAAUCAAUGCCACCGCGUAGAUGGAAAGGGUUGGCGAUGCAAGCGCCCAGCAACAGAGGGGCAAAACUAUUGCUCGCACCACAUGGUGUGGAGGAGAGAGAACUUGGACAAGAAGAAGCCGCGACAAUGCUGCCGAUCAGAUGGGAAGAAGUGGCGAUGCAAGCGUCGGGCAGAAGAGGGGCACGCCCUUUGCUCACACCAUCUGGCUUGGAAGAAACACGAGGUGGCAAAGAAGAAGGAGGGCCGGCGCAAAGCGUCGGAGGAGCCCGCCAAAAGGGCUAAGACCUUCCUCCAACCUCACAGCGGGGACUUGGCAAAGAUUGCUGAAGCAAGCGCGAUGAAUCAACAAGCGUGA